AUGACUAUUACAUUAGAUAGCUUUAAUGAGCAAAAAGUGCAUAAUAAUCAAAAUAAAAGAAAAUAUAAUUGCAGACUGAAUUUUAAAAGGUUUACAAAGAGAAGAAAUAACUACAACAAAGAUAAUAGGGACAGCAAAAUUAACAUAAAGACAGCAUUAAUCAAAAAUGAGGUCAUAAGUGAUGAUAACGAUGAAUUUAUAGAUAGCAAUUUGAUGAGGACAUGUCACCGAUUUAGACUCUACAAGGACAGCAGCAACAAAAUAGACAUUUACUACCCCCAUGAUAAGAAGAAACUAGAUAAGUAUGACUAUGAGAGGGACCAGACGUUCUGUUCAUUAACCGACAUAGAAGAUGUUGUGAACAAUGGAGAUGACAGAAGCAGUAAAUUUUUCUAUUAUAAAAAUAAAAGUUUAAAUGAUUACAAGUCUUGCUUCGAAAAGAAAAACAAAAAGAAGAAAUGGUUCCGAUUGAGAAAGAAGAAAAAAAAAGACUACACCAUGGAGGAAAGCCUGAAAUAUCUGAACGAGUCCGUGUGCUCAAAUUAUAAAGAAGCCAAUAAGAAGAACCAAUUGGAUAACUCGUCCAAGUGCACGAAGAACUGCGUUAUAACCACGACCGUGAAUGGUAUACGGGGCUUCACAGCUUGGAUCUUCUGA